CUGGUUGCAAUGGUUCCACAUACAGGAUAGCUUCGUGCAACAUGUCCCCUUAUUCAUAAAGCGGGUUAUGUUGGGCGGUGAGGCUCAUCUAUGAUCUGUAACUUGUGUUUCAAGCCUGUGCGUGCACCGACUGUCUGUAAAUAAAGCUGUGAACACUCGAGAUGGCGGUGCCCAUGCUGUCUUAAAGGUAAAUGUGUAAAGGGAGGGGGUGGCAUUAGGUUAUAGUAGGGGUAGGAUUAUGGAUGUAAGAGCAUUAUGGGAGAUGUAGUCUAAAACAUGUGGAGUGACAAAGGGUGGCUAGUCUGGGGUUAUUGUUACCCCUUGCCAGAAUUCCAUACAGUGACAUUGACUUUGACAUGAACUUUACUUGACUUUUUUUUUUCAGUUUAGCUUAAGAAAAUCUAGAGAGAAAAUCUGUCAAAAUAUUCAUUAAAAUGUGAAUUAUCAAAGGAGUAUAUUAGUAAACCCUGAAUUGUAUAGAAAUUAAUAAACUCCUAUAGACAUUUUGGGUUGUUGUUGUUGUUGUUUUCAUUGGCUAGACACCAAAUUCUGGCUCUAAGUACCCUGGAAGGAUGUUUUAGAUUAAUAAAAGAUGACAAUAUUUUUUUAAUUAAACGUCUGCCAUUUAUAAACAGUAGUCAGGAGUGAGUGUCAAUUCAAAUGUGUGUUUUGGUUGUUUUUAUUUUUUUUUUAUUUUUUUUUUGUAGGUUAUGAAGGUUAACAAAAACCUAUAACAUUUGGGGGGGGAAAAAAUACAUUCCAUCACCAGGAUGUCGCAAAUCAAGUCACCUGAAAAGAAAAGGCCUCGCAAAAGUUUAUCCCUAUCAAAAAAUAGAACUAGCGACAGUCCUAAAAGCAAAACUUCAAAGUCUUCCACGAUCGAAGCACUUUUUAAAAAUGCUCCCCCUGCAAAACUCUCUUGCCCUCUGUGCAAGGAAUUGGUACCUCGGUUUGGGAUUAGCAGACACAUGGAUGAGUCAUGCCCAAAAGCAAACAAUGAUGAAAACGAUGUGAUCCUUAUUGAGGAUGAUGACUGUGUUAAAUCAAAUGUGCCAAGAUCACAACUGCAAGAAGACAAUACCAGUAAAGCAACAACAACGACUGACAUGACUGUGAGCCCAUCUGCAAAACUAGAUAAAAAUGAAAAGCAAAUCAGCCCAUAUUUUAAUAAAAAUAGACCUAUUUCUAACAUUCCUAAUGAAUUGCCAAUUUUAAAAUCUGCAGCUUCCAGAAGCCUUUCUUCCAGACUUACCAGAAAAUACCAAACACGUAGAGUAAAAAGAGACUUAAGCAAAGAUGUGAAUCCUCCGGUUCCAGUAGAAGACACAGGACAUACUGAGGGUUCCACACAAGAUACAAGUGAUGUAAAAAAAUCUACUCUGCAUACAGAAACUAUUCUUAAAAUUGAAGAAAAUAGACCAGAACAAAUUAUUGAUAAUAUUUACCAAAGUAUUGAUUGCUGUUCUAAUUCAUCUGAAUGUAUUGAUAAUGUUAAGUCUGCCAAAGAACUACACAGUGCCAAGUUAGAAGAAUGUACUUUCCUGGGAGCCAACCAUGGUAAAAUUUCUGAACAUGGUAAUUUAUGUGGAGACUCUACUGAAUUGUGCAAGCAGUAUGACAAGAAAGCAAGCAUGUUUUCUACUGAGGACAAGAGUCCAAUUCAUCCUCUGGUAGACUCCAAUGUUUUAGAUGAAUUUUCAAAACCAUUUUAUGAUGAAGACUACCAAAAUAAAGGAGAGAAUAUAGAAAAUGAUACAGAAAGCAGUAUGCAGGAAUCUACAAAUGAAGAUUCUAGACACCCGUACUAUCUACGGAACUUCCUUAUGGUCCUCAACACAAUCAUGGAAUGUGACGAUGAUAUGAGUCUUUUUAAUGAAGAAGACUGUAACACUUUGACAUCAUUCUUUAAGCUUUCAGGUAACUGUCUUGUGGUUCUUUUUACUAAGAAUAUCAUUUAAAAACAUUAUUGCAAAGCAAGAUAAAACAUGCUUUAAUGCAGGGCUUGAGAAAUUUGUUUUAAAUCUAGGAGCCAGCUAAAAAAAAAGGUUAAGAGCCAGUUUAACCCCUUAAGGACCAAACUUCUGAAAUAAAAGGGAAUCAUGACAUGUCAGGCAUGUCAUGUGUCCUUAAGGGGUUAAAAAAAUAGCUAAAUUUAAUUUACAAUGAGAAAUAUGCAAUUCUUAAAGGAACACUAUAGUCACCAGAACCACUACAGAUGCAUUGGCUUAGCUGAGUUCAUAAAGAUUGAUGAUCUCAGACAUGGAGGUGGGACAAGCCAUGGCAAGUCAGGCACAAAGUGGGGAAAAAAGGUGACUAAAAACACCUCUCAUAUAAUCGGAGAGGGUCAGGUACCUAACAGACACACACUCUCUGAUGGACACAGACAGACUCUCUGACACACUGUGACAGGCACACACAAACAAUGACACACAGAGACAUACACACACUGUGACAGAGGCAUACACACACUGACCGAGACACACAUUUUCUCACACACUCACAAAUUUACAUACAUUUUUAAUUUUAAUCCACCAAUCCUCCAUACCUUUUGGGAGAGCUGAGUGGAUCUUUCUGUGAGGUCCUGUGGGCUUGCUCUCUUUUCCUGCAUGCGAGGGACUGGUAAUCUACCUGCAGCUCCUCUCUGCUCCCUGUAGUGAUGCCGAUGCCGGAACGACGUCAUAUUCCGGCUUCCGACAUCACUGUACAGUGUUAGUGAGAAGUGGAGCUGCAGGAAGAUCACUGUUCCCUCGCGUGCUGCUUCAGCUGACGACCUUAAAGCUCCCCAGGGCGGGCAGCCAUCCAUCUAUAAUGCUCCCUGAGCUUUCCAUGCUCCCCAAGGCGGGUGGGCUGCUCCAUUGUUUGCUCAGCCAGCCGCUUUAGCUAAAGGACUGACAAAACCCAGGCGCCAUGGUGAAAUUUCUAGUUGCCAUGACGACCUGGCGACUGGGAUUUGUUGAGCACUGCUUUAAUGUGACUUUAAUAAGGGGAAGUGUCAGAAUGAGGCAAAGGUAUAUGGUUUUCUUUAGAAUGCGUGCAUAAAUAUAUAGAUGCUUUUAUAAUAUGAAAUGUGUGCGGGACAUUUUCACUAAUAUUACUUUUUUUUUUUUGUAUAUUUGAACAUAACUGAAACUUUAAGCUGGUAGUCAGAAGUUGUAUGUACGACUCUUUCAACGUAAACUAAAAUGGAUAAAGGUUAAAAAGAUUGAGUAUACGGAGAUUGGAUCAGACCUUGUUCCAUUCAUUGAAGAACUUGUCCAAAACAGAUUCCUGCAAUCAGGUAUUUUUCAGAAAUCUGCUAUAUUUUUUUUAUUAUUCAGAUUAGUAUAAACUGGAACAGAAAUUGUUUUAUAUUGCAGCAUUUUUAAAUUUUUGUUUAGAAGAGAAACUUGGACUUCUUGUUGGAAGAUGAAAUAAAAUAUUAAUUUUGCCUUGGUGCCAACCUGUUACUUGUGUAUUUUUCAGGUUGAUUCAUAAGAUUCAGCAUGUCAUAACAUUGUUAACUAUGACAGAGCUCCUGUACUCCGACUGAGUACCUCUACCAGGCUAGCUUCCUCCCUGCUACCAGGGGACUCUGGAGCGCUACAGAUCCAGUUGACGAGGCUUGACUAGGGUCUCUGAAGACCUCAUAAACCAGACCUAAUUGCAGCAGUUAUAGCUCUCUUUCCUCUGGACCUUCUCUUCUGCAGUUAUUAUAGUUUUUCUCACACAUAUUCCUCAAGACUGAAUGUAGGGAUAGAAUGAUCUUUAUUGCAUGCAACACAUCUAUUUUACAGAGAAAUAUUAAUUCUAUCUGCAGAGGGUCCUCCAUACAAUGCUAUGCACAGUACAAUAGUCCCUCCCUGACACCACUCUGUAUGGGGAUUUAAGGAGGUGAUUGGCUGUGGUUCCAAACAGCUGGAUAGAUCCUAUAAGCAGCUUGCAAAAUCUACAGACCUUGUCUGCAGCCUUUGCUAGUCCUCCCUUUCUAACCCCAUCCACACUUUCUGCGACUAUCCAAUCACAGACUUCCGAAUGCCGCUCAAUGAGAUGGCUUUGCAAAUCAGGUGUUCUGAACAAUUGCUGCCCCUUGAGUUUAGCUCCAUUGAGAUAAACACAAGUAAAAGGACCGGCUGUCUGACAGCCAGGGGGUUGUAACAAGGUUAAUUAAAAAAAAAUAAAAAAAAAAGUCACAAUCUAUUGAAAUCUGCACUUUUUGUAAAAUAGAAAGGCACACUCUUUACACAUAAAGCAUUUCAGCAAACCCAGAUACAUUAGGUGUUUGUUGUGUUCAUUUAAUAUUUUAUUCAGUGGUGCAAUUUCUAGGAAACUGGUAAUAUCUCCAAAGUGAUUAGUUCAAAAUUGGACAAAUAUACACACAUUCAGGCCAAAAUGCAUGAAAGGGCUGUUGGAGCCUUAUAGCCUUGAGCAUUAUAAAUAACAAUAGUAUGAGAGAGCACUCACUUAUAAUUUUCUUAAGGGUGCAAUGGUGCCUUCCCGGAUAAGUUUCAAAGGAUAAACAAAAAAGAUAUCUAGCAUUCUUUAUUGUGAAAAAAUGAUGUCCCUUUAUUGGCAAUACAUCAAUGUUUCGAUUGUGUGUCUUUAUCAAGCAUUUCUUGAUAAAGACACGGUCAAAACUUUGCUGUACUGCCAAUAAAGGGACAUCUUUUUUUGUUUGUUUAUUUUUUAAAUUGUGCAUUAUGAGUUGCAUUGUAUGGAUAAGAAGACAUGUUCCUUAUUCCAUUGAUAUUUCUUUGCAGACUCAGAAUUGCAAGAGCUAUCCGAAGCUCUGGACCUUCUCCCAGCACCAGAACUGAAGACCUUGGCGAAGGGAUUUCACUUGGCUAAUGCUACUGCUCAAAAACAUCAGCUGGUAGAUGAGUUCCUGCGUUUGUCUCGGCAGCGUUCGCUUUUCAACAUGGGAAAGAACCAGCUUGGCAUUGCUGCUGUCAUCCUUAAAAAGUAACCCUUCACCUCUUUAUUUGUGUUAUUUAGGAUGUGAGCACAACAGAACUAUUUUACCAGACAUUUAUGAGUGUAACCAAUGAACAUGAUAUUGUGGUGAAUUUAAAACCCAAUAUUAAAUUUAGGCUAAAUUGCCCAAAUUGGAAUACAUUUCUAACUCUAUAGUUACAGUUUUGCAGUGUUAAUCAGAAUUUCCUUUUCAAUUCACUGCAAUUUGGUGAAAAACUGCCACAGUUUUAAAGGAAUGAUUCAAGAACCUCAACCAUUAUAUCACUCGGUAGUGGUUAUGGUACCAGGAUGUGUCCUGGAACCAACCCCCCCUUUGUAAGUAGUCAAAUUAAUUUAGAACAGUUUGCCUUCUUACCUGGGGUCUGGCAUACGCUGCUCCUUGCUCCAAUGCAGCCUUCAGACAAGCUAGAAGCUCACUGCCCAACUAAGCUCUAUAUACUGCAUGAAGUGUCCCUGCACUGCAAGACUUGGCUCAGGAGAGCUAACUGCUUCUCCUAUUCAGUACCUUCAAUUCUGCUUGAAGCUGAGAGGAGGUUGUGAGUGAAACCAGGUAAUAAGUCAAACCAUUCUAAACCGGUUUGACUUUUUACAAUGGGGCUGGGGCUAAAACUGCUACUGUGCACUGUAGUGGUUAUGGUAAUUGGAGUUUUCCUUUAACCCCUUAAGGACCAAACUUCUGGAAUAAAAGGGAAACAUGACAUGUCACACAUGUCAUGUGUCCUUAAAGGGUUAAAGGCACAGUACUUUUUCUAGUAUUGCUAGAGUUAGUUGUAUCUUCUAUGUAAUAAUUAAAGGACGACUAUAGGCACCCAGACCACUUCAGCUUAAUGAAGUGGUCUGGGUGCCAGGUCCAGCUAGGUUUAACCCUUUUUUCUAUAAACAUAGCAGUUUCAGAGAAACUGCUAUGUUUAUAAUAGGGUUAAUCCAGCCUCUAGUGGCUGUCUCAUUGACAGCCACUAGAGGCACUUAAGCGCUUCUCACUGUGAUUUUCACAGUGAGAAGACGCCAGCGUCCAUAGGAAAGCAUUGUGAAUGCUUUCCUAUGGACUGGCUGAAUGCACGCGCGGCUCAUGCCGUGCAUGCACAUUCAGCGGAGGAGAGGAGGAGGAGAGUCCCCUGCCUGGCGCUGGAGAAAGAGGUCAAUUUAACCCCUUCCUCAGCCUAUAGCCCGGCGGGAGUAUGUUUUCCUUGCACUAUAGUGGUCCUUUAAAGUUAGAUUGUUACUCCUAAUGUUUUGCAAUUUUGAAGAUAUCCAUAUUUACAAAGUUAUUAUGACUCACAGGAAUGCUACUGCACAAAUCUGCUCUGUUUAGCAGAUAUAUGCUCGUUGAGUUGAUCAUUGUGGAAGAAAUAAGUGUUACAACUAACCUUGUUUCUUUUAUGUUAAUCAGAUCUUGUUUCUGUUAGGCCUUUAGCAUUUAGUAUGUAUUUGACAUAUGUUGGAUCUUCUUGAAAUGUAGGUGUAAGCAGCUUAUUGGACGUGCAGUACGUGUGUGCAGAGAGCCCAGGGCUGUGUUCUCACGUGUUCUUCUCCUUUUCUCAUUGACUGAUUCAAUGGAAGUAGAGGAGGCUGCUGGUGGAGGACAAACUCAGCUCUCUACAGUGCUCAUGGUUAACAUGGGGCGAGUGAUAUUUCCACCAUACACUGUCAGUAAGACCACCAGCAUCUUUCAGGAUCGAGAAGACCUAAUGAGGUAAUUAUGGUAUUAUUUAAAGUAUCAAUGUAUACCACACGGUUUCAAUAUCAAACGAAAGUCUUGUUUUCAUUUAGAUAUGAGUCUGCAAUGCAUAAGCUGGUGGAGCUUGUUGUUACCAUGACUAAUGGCAAUUGGAAAGAAGCACAUCUGCUUUAUCAGAAUGCUGUUAAGGACUGGGAUGAGCUGAAGAGUGAUGUGGUGCUAAGGUAUGUAUUCUAAAACAAUAGGCAGAACUACCAGCUGAUGUCUGAUACCUGACUGUCUUUACAUUUACACUAUCUCCCUAUUAACCUUGCAUGUGCCAUGUUUUUCUUUGGAACAUAAAAUAUGAUAUGAAGAUCUUUUAUUUCCAGUGAUUUUAGCAUUGUUAAUUUCUGAGGUAUGUAGUUGUCAUUUGAAAGUUAAAAAGAAUAAUGUAAGUACCAAAACAACUUUAGUUUAAUGAAGCAGUUUUGGUUUGUUACUGCUGAGGUCUGCCAUUUAGGAAUAAAUCAUAUUGUUUAUGUAAACUCAGCCACACCUCCGCGGCCUGUGGCUUACUAAUAAAAAUAUCACAUUUUUACAGCACAGUCUUCACUUUAGAAGUUACUAAGUCUUGCUCUCCUAUUUGAACUUUAGCCACACACACAAAGCUGUUGAACGGGCAAAUAACAGAUCAGGGGAUGGCAACCUUUUGACUCACACAAGCCUUUCUCAGGCCACUCAUGUAAGUCGAAACAUUGCCAUUACACUGUAACAAAGUCUGCAUUUUGGAGAUCCUGUUAUGUUCAUUUGGUACAUUUGCAACCUUGUGAUAUGAGAGUGAAUUGUAAAAUUGAUUUACUAGCCAUCUUUAGUUUUUUAGUAGAGUAUUGCGUAGGUAGGUAAAAGGGACUCUGCAAAUUGAAGCUAUCUCUCCCUUCUUAAAUAAAAUGUAAAUAUAAUUAAAAAGAUUCAUAGGAUUGUCCAUUGUUCACAGCAUAGCCUGAGUUACCCUUUAGAGAUCAAUAGUCUAUCACAUCACAGAAUCCAGUGUAAUAAAGCAACCUCCUUCUGUUUGUUUAAUGUGUAUGUGUAUAUAUAUGUAUGUGUGUGUGUGUGUGUGUGUGUGUGUGUAUAUAUAUAUAUAUAUAUAUAUAUAUAUAUAUAUAUAUAUAUAUAUAUAUAUAUAUAUAUAUAUAUAUAUAUUCUCUCUUUCAUUGUCUCUCUUUCAUUCUCUCUCUCUCUCUCUCUCUGUGUGAGAGUAAUCCUGAUUCUGUAAGAGAUUAUAGAUAUGUAUAUUCUUUAGGCACCAUGAAUCACUGCCUGUAUACCUGCGCUCCUUUACUUUUGGUUGGGUGUAUACCAGAAUUCGUUCAAGAGGAGUAGAGAUCCUACAGAGGCUACACUUGUAUUCGGUAUGGUUAAAUUGGUUUAGAUAUUAGUGUAAUUAUCUCUGCUGUGCAUCAUCAUUCACAACUACAUGAAUAUCUAUAAUUGAAAAGUCUGAAUAUUUUUUAUAUCUUGCCAGUGUCCAGUAAUCUGGAUGUAUAAGUACUGUUCAGUUUAAUGUAUAGCUACCCUUUUUAAAUCGUGGGUAGAUUAUAUUAUGGUUACAGCACGAGGAGAGUUAGUGCCAAGAUCUUCUGCAAACAAAAAAUAACCAGAACAAGCGUAACAAGAAAAUGUAAUGAAGGACACAAAACAAACGUUUCUGCAGAACUUUUGUCAAUGUUUAACCCCUUAAGGACACAUGACAUGUGUGACAUGUCAUGAUUCCCUUUUAUUCCAGAAGUUUGGUCCUUAAGAGGUUAAUGACUUUCAACGUUUGUUUUCUGGGUCCUUUGAGGUGCAUCAAAUUAUUCUUGUUAAGUUUGUUCUGUUUGUUUAUCUUCUAGGAGCCAUAGUGGUUUGUGAAUUCGCUGAACAGAAGUAAAUAUAAAAAAAAUUUAAAUUACUUUUCAGGGUUUUUUUGUUUGUUUUUUAUGUACUGCUGUAUCUUUUUUUUUUUUUCUUUUUUUUAAGCUGUAUCUGCAAUAUCUAUAUUUAAAAACUUUUUGUAACAGUGGCUUUGCAUUACAUUGACUCUUAUAAAUCAGAUUCUAAAUAGUAAGUUAUCAGGUUCAAUAUAAACAUAAUGUAACAGGAUACUGAGAUAGGUAUAACUUUAACUAAAUCUGUUCCAGAAGAGUGGGCCUAAAAAUCCUGUAAAGUAAGAAUGCUUUUAUAAAUAGAAAUGUUAAUAGUUGAUUGUGGUGGACCACUUGCAUUUAACUGGAGUAUCGCCACCAGGCAAUCCCUUUAUCCACCGAGUAUGAUCCAGUGUGAUUAUAGCCAUUAUUCCAAUCAUCAGCCGAGGCUUGAUGCAGGGCACCACACAAACACGUUAUUGGGUGACAGUGGUAUUUUGAUACUACAGUCCCCAAUGGGGUCAUUGAAGAACACCAUAUAUUUCAAUACAUUGUGUCUGAGAAAUAGCUUGAUCAUCCAAGAUAACUUUUUUAACGGCCCGACACUAGGGUGCCUAAAAACCAUGUCCCACAAAAACAUACAUUUAUUUUUCAGCUUAACGGAUGCUCUCUCUCCAAGGUAGUAUUGAGUUCAAAAAGCACCUUGAUCGGAGAUGUCCAGCUGGAGUAAUCUGAAGAGAAAAUUUUACGGGCUGUGAGCUUCCAGGAAGCUGGGUGGAAAGUCCCGUUCUUAGAUGUCGACUGCUGGCAGGUCCCAUAUCGGAAGCUCCCUUCCAUCUUGGGUAUCGUUGGGUACCUGGCCAUCUCCCCGAUAAUGCUUCCAAAUUUCUCCCUGUUUGGAGGUACUGGAGCUGAGAGCUACAUUGAUGAAGUCUCGGAAUCCGAUCUACAGUCCCUUGAGAUUUUCAAGUAACUCCUGGUCAGUCGUGCUGUUCCUCUAAGAGCCUCCUGUUAGUCCCUGAGUCUAGCCGAGAGGCAUUGCAUGGAAGGGGAUAACCAAGUCAUAUACAGCUAUUUCAGGGGAAGGUGGUGGCUGGAAGUCCUGCAUCAGUCCAUAGUGACCGGGUGCUCCGUCACGUUUAUUUUUAUAAUUUAACAAAAUGCAAUGUUAGUAAACAGAACAUAGAGCAAAGGGUGGUCACACUAAAUCAAAUCAAUAUUUUGUGUGACCUCCCUUUGCCUUGAAAACAUCAAUUCUUCUUUAACGUAAUCAUUGUUUUUCAACAUACAUAUUAAGUGAUCAUUAGCAUCUUUUUUGGUACAAUUGUUUAUUCAUGUAUCUGAUUAUAUAUCUACACAAUCCAUGCAUUUGUUAAAGUAUACCUAAAAUAAUUGAUGCUCUUUUGAAAGCAAAAUUUGGUCACACCAAAUAUUUGCUUUAGAAUUUUUCUUCGGUACACUCUCCUUCCAUUUUGUUAAUUGAUUGAAAUAAACUAUUAACAUGUAUAUUUUUUUGAAAACAUUCUUACUUUUCGGUAUUUAAUACCUGCCUGAAACAUUUGCACAGUAUUGUAAACUCUGAAGAUUUAAUCUUAAUAUGUUGGAGGAGUGAUGUACUAAUACAUUUUUAUGUUCCUAUAGGAAGCUGUGGAUUUGCUGCAAACUCUCUUGUCUCAGCAUGUAUACUGCCCUGACAGCAGAGGUCGCUGGUGGGAUCGACUGGUCCUCAAUCUGCACCAGCAUUUGAAGUGCACAGAGAAGGUAACAUGCUUUGUUAUCAUGUAUAACAUAAUUGUUGCACUUUGGUCUUAAAAGACAGCAAUAUAUUGCAGCCCUUUCUCAGGAAAAAAAGAACACUGAAAUUCCCACAAGCACUUGCUGUGCCCAUUAAAUUUAGAAGUGCUAUAAAAAGAUAAGUGAGCAACAUGUUUGGUUGACUCACUUCCUGCCAAGGGAUUCUUGGUACCCUGAUUACAUCAAUUAGUAAUAAGUUCUUGUUAAUCACAUAUUUUAAAUCGCCGCACUUCUUCAGCAAUGUAAAUUUCAUAAAUACUGUAUAACUGUAAAUGUCUUCUAUCAAUUUUUUUUUUUAGGCUAUUGGCUUCAUCAUGGAAGGCUUGUCAGAUCCUUAUGUGCGGACAGGUCACAAACUUUCUCUUUACCAACGAGCUGUCCGAAUGAGAGAAUCUCCAAGCUGCAAAAAGUUCCGCCACAUGUUUUCUGAUCUACUAACGCUUGAAGUAGAUGAUGUCCCUCAUGUGAGUUCAACGUAAUCAUGUUUAUAUUUUUUUUUUUAGUAUGCAUAUAAGUAUGUUAGUGUUUGUGUUUUCAGUAGAUAUCUUAUAAUCUGUUGACCGGUAAAGCAUCAGUUUUAGUACUGAAUCAUUAUUAAAGUUAAAACUUCAUGCACCAUAACCACUACAGCGAGUUGGUGCCAGGAGUGCCCUGGUGCUCCCUCAUUGUAAGUAGUUAAACCGUUUUAUUACGGUUUGACUUCUUACCCGGGUCUGCUGGGUGCCGCGUCUUGCCUCCAUUCCAACUUGGUAAGAGCUUUGAAGGGACACUAUAGUCAAUAGAACAACUACAGCUUAUUGUAUUUGUUCUGAUGAGUAGAAUCAUUCCUUUCAGGCUUUUUUGUCUUUUCAUAGAAAAUGCAGUGUUAACAUUACAGCCUAGGGAUAACUCCACUGGCCACUCCUCAGAUGGCUGCUAGAGAUGCUUUCUGGGGUAGUGCUGCAUAGUGGGCAGUACUACCAUUCAGUGUCUCCACCCUCUUCAUGGAGACACUGAACUUUCCUCAUAGAAAUGCAUUGAUUCAAUGCAUCUCCAUGAGGAGAUGCUGAUUGGCCAGGACUGUUUGACUUGUGCUGACUCUGCCCUGAUCUGCCUCCUUGACAGUCUUAGCCAAUCCUAUGGGAAAGCAUUGUGAUUGGUUCAGAUCAACACUCCUGAUGAUGUCAGCCAAGCAGUCAGAUCAGAUGCUGAGGCAGCAGCUGCAGAUUAUAUUACAAGUAAGAUUUUACUAUAUUUAGGGGACAAGGGGAGGCCAGGGGGGAUAAAUGCUGGUUUUAACACAAUAUACAUGUUUGUGUUCUUGACUCUAUAGUGUUCCUUUAAGUUCUUUUUCUGAGAUAAGCCCAGUGGUGCAAAGCUUAUUAAUUGGCUGAGAGUGAUCAGCUUUGGACAGUGGCUAUCAGCUCUCACUUCUGCCAGCAGGGAAGUGGGGAGCUUUGCCAGGCAAGUUGCAGGUAAGAAGUCAAACUGUUCUAUAACUUGGGGGCUGAAGGGGUUAAAACUCCUUCAGCCACUUACCUCUGACCACGCUCCUCCCCCACCCACGUCAGCUGGCGGGGGAGACCUAAUGCGCAUGCGUGGCAGUAGACCAGCAAACACAGACUCAAAAGAAUCCAUGUUUAAAAUGGAAUGAGGCAAAAAAGUGAUUCCUUGUUAAACUAAUUUGCAAAUGCCCACCCAGAAUCCUUUGCGAUAGUAACAUCACUGCAGAUUUGUGAUUUCUGUGGGAAAAGAAAGUCUUAGAGCUUGACUGGUGUGCAGAUUUUUGUUUAACAUGUUUAUAUAUAAACAUACAAUUGCUAGAAGAUAGUAUGAUUUUGUAUUUGUAACUAUGCUCACAAUUAAUGCACAGGUUACCAUCAAAGGCAAGCUGUAUCCUAACACUGGGAUGGGCAAAUCUGUGUUUUUGAUGGAGGACAUCACUGGGGAUCUUGGGGAAGAGAAUAGUGUUUCGACUGUGAUGUGUUCAGUGGAGGAAUUGGCUCUGGCCCAUUACAGAGAUCAGGGCUUUGAUCAAGGUACCUUUGUGUUUCUAUUUCUUUGUGCACUUAUAAACGAAAGAGAGUAUGACUCCCUGUUUCAAUACAUGCUUUGAUCUCUCUCUGUUUCAUACUUCCCAUAUUUUUGACCCUAUCUUCAAUAAUCUGUUUUUGUUCCUUCCAUCAUAGGAAAUCUGUUAUGUUCCCAGUGUUCUCUAUCCAAUCUUUGCGAUUUAUAUUAUUCUGGGAGCUAUAGCUUUAUAGAGAGCAACUAACACAUGUUGAAUUGAACUGUCAAUGUUUAAUAUAGUCUACCUAAUAAAUGUUGGCAAAAAUCUAUCCUUUUGUCACAAUAAUAUAUUGGUAUGAGGGGAACAGUGUGCACAUUUUGCCAUGUUCUGCUGUGUCCUGGCUGUUCACAGUUGCUUUCUUUGUAAUUUACUUUGGUGUUGACCUUCGAAAUAUUGUCACAUUCUAAAUACUAUAUCAAGCACUGCAGAAUUUGUUACUGUUCUAUAAAUAAAUGGGCAUACUAAUCACUUUCAAUGUCUGCAAGGUUUUCACCGAGGUUUUUGCUUGACUGGAUAUUUGGCUUGCAAUGAUCUCAUAAUGCUUAAAUCACUCCUGAGAGAGCUGACCUUAUGUUUUAACAUGCUCUCUGUUUGCUUGGAACGUUGCCCAGAUUUAUUUUACUGGAUCAUAGUUCCAGAUGUUAUGUACAUAUAUGCAUAUAAAUAAAUAUGUGCAUGUUGGUUCUAUGUUCCGUACGUUUGUACAAAAGCAGGUGCAUGUUUGUUUCCACCUACGUAUGUAUGUAUUUUCUGUGUGUACAUGUGGAAUCGGUUCCUCACAACGGUGUGCAUGUUUAAUACAAUCUAGCAAUGCACCUGUUUAUCUAGACAUCCUUAUACUCCAAGCUGUAUACUUCCAUAGAUUAAAGUUUAGGCAACGUGGAGAGUGUUCAGAAUAUCCUCGUUCUCGGGACAGCCUUCUACAAUUGUAAAGGAAAACUGUGGGGUAAAAUUGGCUCUGUGGUUUUUUGUUGUUUAAUAAAUAAAAUAUGGAUUAUACAGAGUUUGCAGUGAAUGGUGACUACUCUGCAUCACAGUCAUUCUCUCUCCAGUAUCAUUUUAUAGCUUCUUUUUUCUGUUGAUCUCUCCUAGAUCAUUUAUUGUGACCCGACCCUUCUUAAUAAGGUUUAAAGUUUUUGCAUACAAAGUAUUUGCUAUGUUAAUUUCUACAGCCCACUGUCCUCUUUUUAUGCUUUCUAUAGAUAAUAUUUAAAACAUAUAAAACCAAUACAUUUAAAAUAUCCUUUUGCUGUUUAGUGGAUAUGCCUCGAGCUACAACAAGGAAAGACCUUCAAUGAAGACAUUGUAGUCUUUGAAGUCUAUUCUUAUCCUAUAAAUCACUGUCUGCAGAGAUUUAUGGAAUGAGCAGUUUAUCCCACAGGGGCAUUUCCACUCCACGCAUUGCGGUAUGCACUUAUUGUGCAAGUUGGACAAUCAGUUAUUAUAUCAGGCAGCCAGAAAUGAGAGCUUUCGCUCCCGGAACUGACCGCUCCAAGUGCCUGGGUUUGAGAUGACUGGGUUCAGAUUGGUGAUGGUUCUUAGAAUGACCCUUUAUGUGUUCGAAUGAAUGUUGAAAAAUGAACAAAACAAAUCCUGAACUCAAUCUAUCUACCAUCUUCCUCCAGGAAUCCACGGAGAAGGAUCCACAUUCAGCACAUUAUAUGGUUUACUUAUGUGGGACAUUAUAUUUAUGGAGGGUAUUCCAGAUGUCUUUAGAAAUUCAUACCAGGUAAUUCAAAUAUAAUCAAACUAUAAAUUCAAUGUGCAAUCACUACUUUUUUUUAUACUUAUUAAACUAAAGAUACAGCAUGCAUCCAUUUUUUUAAUUUUUUUAAAGUAAGUCUAAUCAACCUAAACAUUGCUAUCUACCAGUUGUUUGUUACCUUAUGUGAUACCAAAACAGACGAAGAUUAUUGCUUAUGACGUGGGACAUAAAUCCAAUUUAAAAUAGUUUUGGAUGAAUGAGACCGACUUUCUUAGCUUAUAACUGCACGUGGAAAAAAUGGUACCAGAAAUAAAGUACUCGUGUUUGUUUUUAAAUGUCUAGCCUUGAAGAGCCCGAUGGUGUGGCGAAACGUAUGUCGGCACUUCAGACAUUGUGUAUAACGGUCUAAGAUACAGGGUAGACAUUUGAAUGGAGACACCUCCCAUAGAUUAUUGUCCUUGCAAGAUAUUUAACUGUUCUCCACAGUGUUUGUUUUUAACUGCUUAUUUUUCUUUUCUUUUUUUAAAUUUAAGUUUAUUAUCACGGACUAUUAUUGUCGUAGCCUUAGGAAACUGGCAGUCUAGGGGAAUGUGAGAUUAGGUGCCCUCGAAGGCACAGGUUAGGUGGAAGUAAGAGGAAAGGGCCCUUUCUCCCUCCCCUGUUUUUCACUACUUUUUACCUUUUGUCUCCCUUACAUUCCUGAUACUACUAUUUGACAGCCCGUACCUGGCCAGGACCUAUUGUGUAUCUACCUAUGAAGUUAAAUGCUGUUAUUUUUGGCUACCAAUUAGUGUGGUUAGCCGAAAAUUGUGGGAAGUUUUUUUUUUUUUUUUACUUAUGUCAAUAUUUUAGCCGUUGGUUUAGGGAUGGUACACUAAACUGUUUACUAAUUAGUGCGCUCUUUGUGUUAUUUUUUUUCUCCAAAGGCUUUUUACAUCAUGCAUAUUAUAUUUAAUGGAUAUUGUUACUUUAAAAUUGUUUAUUGUAGACUAUUAAAAGUUACAAUUUAAUAUUAUACCUUUUUGGGCUGGAUGUUACAAAGUUCUUGGUAUUGUUAUAUCCUAAUCUGGGUUCAUGUCCUUCUUAUCUGGCCCUUUAGAUACUAUUGUCCUCUAAAUCACUAUCUUAAUUCAAUCUGCUAAAUUAUUUAAUUUCAGGAAUCACACAUUUAUGAGCCAGUAGAACUUACUUGAAACUCAAGUUAUAGACUUAAGUCUCAAACCUUAUACAAAUGUGUUUUGAAGGCAGACAUAUUAUGUAUUUAUUUACUUACCAUAGCUACUUGUAUCCCUCGUGGAGUAUGUAAUGAACCUUUCAGUUUUAUUAAAGCCUCCUUGUAGGAAGUGAAUAAUUGGCUCCAAAACCGGCUUCUGAUUAAUGAUGGUUUUUAGAAGUUCAUACAUCAAUGUUGCUCCCAUGAUGUUUUAUAGAAUGUGUUAGUACUGUCUAAAACAAGCCUCUCCAUACUAACUUUUAGUGCAGAUAAUGGUGAUGAAUUUAAACUAUCCUUUCCACACAGUGGUAGCAAUAUUUUUACCUGUCGGUAUGACGUUAGACAUUAAUCUGUAAGUGAUAUUUCAGAAAGUGGUUUAAUAAAAUUGUUUGUUUGGUUGCAGUCCUUCCCUCUAGAUUUAUAUACAGACUGUUUCUUUGAGAAUAGAAAGGAAGCUGUAGAGACGCGGCUACGGCUCUUAGAGGAAUCCUGCCCAGAAACCCUGGUCCAGCUGAUUGCUGAUGUGUGGAGUGCUCAUGAGGGUGAAGCAGGAGCACUGGUCAGCUGGGAGCGGUUCACCUCUCUACAACAAGCCCAGGUGAGCGACCUGUAUUUUAAGAACAGCCAUGGAUUAUUGCAAUUCUGCAAUUAGUUGAUCUAGUUGCUCAAAUAGCUAUGCCUCUUUUGCCACUGUAGAGGAUUUUCAUAUUAAAGGAACACAUAUCUGUAUUCCUAACAUUACAGCCUGGAUGCCCCUUACCAAUUAGGCCCCCUUUGUGUAAAUUUUUUUAUUUUAUUUUUUAAUUGAACAAAUUACCUAUUCAUGGUAGCCAAGUCUCCCUCGGCACUCACUCACAGAGGAGCAUUGCGCAACGUAGGCGAAUGGCAAUAAAAAAGCCACACUUCCAAGCCUUAAUAUUGGAUUUUGAGGGGUAGGACGGGGGGGGGACGACGACGACGAUAUAGCAACUUCAAUAAGAUGAAGUUGGUAAAAUGCCUACAGUGUCUUUUUAGGUGCAUUCGGGUCUGUUUUUCCAGAGCAUUUUACAUUAAUAAAUAAAUGCCUAUAUAUAAUAACUAUAAACAUACACAACAUAGCAACAAGCAACAUAGAAGUUGUAGAUCACUGUAGUGAAAAUAAACACAUAACCUUAAACUGAGCAAAGUGGAUGUGCUACAUUAAACAUAGUCCACUCAUUUUAAGUUUUCUUUUUCUAUUGUGGGUUUAUUGGGAAGCUAAAAGAGAACACAUUGAGCAUUUGUGAGACGCUAAAAGUCAUGAGUAUAAGGAUUAUAUUGAAAAGCUUUCCAAACCCUAUUCAGAAACUUUUAGAGUGAGAACCAUUAUUGUGAGUUGGAGGGAAGUAGAUUCUUACCUACCUCCACUUCAAAGCAUGUGUUGCAGUGAUCUUCACUGGGGUAAAGGGGAAAGCAACGUACAGCCAUACAUGUGAAAGUAACUUUAUAAAUAUGACUAAAUACACUGUUUUUACAUUUUAUUGGAUAAAGCUAGGCUUUUUAAUUUUAUAGACGCAUUGUUUAAAAGAUACAUAAGUUCCUAAAGGGAUUUAAGCAACAUUCCAUGCACCAUAUCCACUAUAGCAUGUUGUAGUAGUUAUGGUUUCAGAAGUGCCCUGGCACCCCCACCUCCCCCCCCCCCCUGGGGUCCACCAUACCUUCUCUACAGCUCUGUGAAAGCUCAGGAGCUAAGCUUAGCUUUGGUUGAGAACUUCAGGUGAUCACUCUUAUGCAAUGAGCUGUUUGAAAAUACUGGCAUGCACCUACUGGAUAAGUAAUAGUGUAUGAGCACUUUUUGUUAUGUGUGAUUGUGACUUUAAACAAAUUCCAAAGUGUAAUAAGCAAAAUGUGAACUUUGUUUACAGUAAAAAUGGUCUUUCUGCACAUUCGAGAGAAAUGGGCUUCCUAACAUGUACAUUAAAUCAGUUGCUAACUGUGCAAAAUGUAGUACCUGAACAAACCACAAGAGUGCAGCUUUUCUGAUUUAUAAGGUAAAUAAAAAUGAUUUUAAACACUGAUUGUUAAUAUUAUUCACAGAGCCUGGUGUCCUGCUUUGGAGGUCCUUUUUUAAGUGGCGUGUGCAAGAUCAUGUCAAAAGACAUAAGACAUUGCAGAGGAGGACUCCCUGACUUAGUUGUAUGGAACAUGCAGACAAAACAAUACAAGGUAAGAAUAAUAUUGCGUACAGUCAGAUGGAUGUAACUGGGAUAACUGCCCUAGCCUUGGUUAAGAAAGAACUGUGAUCAACACAGAUUCAUUUUUCAACCAAAUCCAGAUUGAGAAUUACAGGUUUUUAAGGUUCACUAGUUACUUAUCUUCCUAUUGGCCACCUCAGUUCAAAAUAAAUAUUGUUCAGCUCGGGAUGCUAAAAUCAUUGAUCCGCAAACAAAAUUGUUUUGUUGCUUUUACAAAUAUUUUGUUAGAAUUUGAUCACUCUAAUUCAUUGCAAAAAGGUAAUGUUUCCAUACGUUUAUGCAAAAUUCCAAGUUAGAAAGUACAGCUCUAACAAAGAAUUCUUUAAAAAUGUGCACAGUGUGUGUAAUUAGACACUGUGAACUGAAAGCCUGCAAAUGAGAUAAGAAAAUAAAAGGUUGUAACAGCUUUCAGCUAGGUAAUCAUUCAGUCAAAAUAACCAACACCCUGAUAGCUAUUUCUUAUAGAAGAUGUGCAGAAAUAACCCAGAGGCUAGGUGCCAAAUUCCAGAUUUCAGUGGCAGGCCAUGUAAAGGCAAUCAGAAAUGCAAUUCUUAUUAUUAAACUUGAUAAAGUGCCACCACAUUUAGCAGCACCGUUCAUGGGUACAGCUGGUACAAGUAAAAAGACAUAGGUACAAUAAAUCUAAGAGACAAUGCAAAAUUUUAUAACAAAUACAGGAUGAGUUGAAGGCCCUAUUCCAGUGGAACUUUAGCUAGAAAUCUAGGUGGACAGUAGAAGCUGGACAAGGGAGGUUAGGGACUGCAAAGGUGUGAAUAAUGUGAAUACAGAGUGAGUUUAGAAUAUUUUUUGGGUAAGUGGAAGGCUUAGCUGAUCAAAAAGGUCUUUAGGAAGUGUGUUCCAGAGGAUUGGUGCUGCACAAGAGACACCCUGCAGUCUACCAUGGGUAGAGGGUGAUAAUGGAAGAUGCAGCUCCUUGUUGGAUCUUAGGUGACAAGCUGGAGUAUAUUUGUUGAUGAUUGAGGACAAGUAGUCGGGAGCAGCAUUAGUAAGGGCUUUGUAGGUCAGGGUGAGAAUUUUUAAUGUUAUUCUGCUUUCAAUGGGGAGCCAUUGAAGGAACUCGUAGAGAGGUGAAGCAGAUACAGUUCUACAGGUGGAUUAGCCAGUUCAGUUAGGAUGGACUGAAGGGAGAGGGGAAGAUCAAUUUGUAGAUUAUAACAGUAGUCACAACAAGGAAGUGGGUGAGUUGCUUAAUGGUAUCAGCAGUCCGAAACAGAUUUUGGAAAUAUUGUGUAGGUGUUGGCGUCAGGAUGAAGAAUCAGAUUGGAUGUGGGGGGUGAAGGACACUUAGGAGUCAAGUGUUAUUCAGAGGUAAUAGAUCUGGGAUGAGGGGUAGAUACAGAUUCCAUCAACAGUGAUAGAAUAGUCAUAAAUUGGAGUAGAGCUAGGAAAGGAGAAUGAAAAGCUCAGUUUUGGACAUAUUGAUCUUUAGGUAGUGAAAGGUUAUGCAGGAAGUAUUGUAAGAUAAGUAGUCACUGAUCCAAAAAAAAGGACAGAGGGAGAGAGAUUGGGGUGGAGAGUUAUAUCAGAGUGUUAUCUGCCAAACGGUGAUUAAUAUGUUGAUGAUUUACAAUACUUUAAAGGGGGAAAAAAUAGCUUUUGAAAGUGUAUUGUGAGUUUGACAAAAAUGUGUAUGGAGUAUAUAUUAUAAUCUUUAAUGCGUGCCUGCUUCCUUCUGUGUUCUAAUCAUUUUCAAGCUGCACAUUUUCAGGGUUUUGUUCUGUGACCGCUUCUAUUUAACAUACUUAUUAAAAACCUUGAAAUAGGCAUUGGGGAUCAUGUUUGCAGAUGACACAGUACUUAGUAUGAUACAAUAUGAGCAGGCUCUUACUUCCCUGCAGAUGGAUCUAGAUAGAUGAGGGAACUGUGCACUCAAAUGGCAGAUGAAAUUUAACGUAGAUAAAGGUAAAGUUAUUCACUUCUGGGUGAAGAAUGCAAGAAACUUAAACCCUAAGGGGUAGUGAAUUACAGAUAACACAUGCAAAGGAUUUGGGAAUUGUUCUAGCCAGCGUUGCUAAGGCUACCAUAGUAUUGUCAUGCUUAAAAAGGGGCAUUAUUUCUUGGGAUGAAAAUAUAAUGGUUUUACAAAGAGGCUACUUUAUAAGUCAAUAAUGUUCCUGUUAUUACUUUUUCUAGUACCCUCAUUCUUUCAUCUGAUGUUAUUUAUUCCUUCACAUUUGCGCAGCAAUGUAAUAACCGUACCUUUGAUUACGAACUUAAUAGCAGUUAUAUGAAAAGGAUGACAAUCAUGGCACUAAAUCAGUUACAAUGAAAUGUUUAUACCGUUUGUUAGUUUUAGAACAUUGCUCCUGAAUUCAUUUUUCUAUUUAAAACUGUAAGAAAGGAGAGUCACUAUGCUCACAUGCUAAAACCAGUCUAUGUUAAUACUCACAAUAUGUGUGUAUUAUAUGUAUGUCAAUCCAGUGAAUGCUGAAGCCAUGUGGUCCUAGAGAAGCAGGUCAGAGCAAAAAACAAAACAAAAAAAAAAUCAUGUUGCCGUAUUUAGGGUUGAGCCUACAUCUAGACCUUCAGGUAGUAAUGUGCAGGGACAUAGGGAAUUUACUAAAUUUCCAAAAGCUUCCUACUCCACCCAUGCCCACCCCUGCAAGAGUUUUCCCUAAUCUGGGAAUUGGCCAGGGAAUUACAACUUUCAAGUCAAAACCACUGAACUAGAACCAUUUUUAACAUUGGAUAAUUUGCCGUACAUUAGUCAAUUCUUUGGUAAAUGACUGGACAUGUUUCCAUAGCUUUGAGCAAUCGCUGUAUAUCGUGAGUAUUAAUGGUAUAUUCUGUUUCUUUAGGUUUCAAUAAAUCCCUCCUUUGUAUUAUGUCAGGUUUGGGGAUGUUAAACCCGUUUCCUCCCUCCAAUUCAAUCUGCUAGGGAAUCACAACAGUGCGUCCAAAAUCCAAAUGCACUGCCUUUUGAGACCAUCACACUGGUUUUAGCAUGUGAGCAUAGGGACUCUCCUUUCUUACAGUUUUCUAGGAAUGCACAGGCUUCUGGUAAUCUCACAUGCCAAAUAUUAUUGCAUUCAGGGCAGCAUUGUUAUUGCUAGGAAGGUGAAAACAUCUGGAAUAGUAUUUGGUCAAUUCUCCGUAUGCAUUGGGUUGGAGGCAGAUAAGUGCUGUAAUACAUCCUGUACCCAGUUGAUGGCAGCACUGGGUAAUAUUUUUACAUGAUGAAAGGGACACUCCAAACAGCUCACUCAAUAACUUUGGAUUGUUGCAUACGGGAUGGUGCAAAGAGGUUACCUGUUCCCAUCUUCCAGCUCACAGUUGCUUAUAAUGAACUGUGAUAUGCAAAUAUUUUAGCUGCAGUAAGCCUGGUCCCUGGCUUCAGAAUAUGAAAAUACACACAUUAUAUAUAUAUAUAUAUAUAUUACAUACAUACAUACACAUACACACACACACACACGCGUUCCCUAGGACUGUUUAGAUAACGUUUUAUAACCUUUAGUAUGUGCAACAACAUGAUGUCUCCUGAUAUAAUAGCAGAUAAAGAUUUUACCUGUCUAAUUAGCAUUGGGCACUGUCCUCUUCAAAGAUCUAAAAGUGAUAAACAGGGGUAUAGAAAAGGUAGCCUUACUGCCGGCACAGCAUCUUGAAAGUUGUAAUUGGAAAUAUACCACACAGGGAUAUGAACUAAACUCUUAAUUGUAGUACCUAAAAAUCCAAAUGGUAAAAUGUAGGUGUAAAUUUUGACCACCCUCGAUAGGAUGUAUGUGUUAUACUAUAACAUUGUUUAUUUGCUAAACACAAACAAUCCUACAACCAAAUUCUUCCCUUUAUUACAUUAUCAAUUAAUCCAACUCAAUUUCUUCCUCAACGUGAGUUUCUUAUAUUAAGGCAGGCUGUUUUUUCUUUAACUAUAAAGUAUGCUAAAAUAGUUUUUUCUUCCCCCUACAAAAGAGUGAAUUGGAGACAGAAUUACAAAUUUAAGAUCAAACGGCAGAUUCAGAAUAAAAUCUCCAGCUAUUCUAUUUUAGCCUGAAUUUUGCAAUUUAUUUUUCAUUCCACGGUGUUGGGAAUAGACCGCUGAAGCAAAAAUAGCAUCAGAUCAGCUUUAUCUCGGCUUCAUUUUCACGUGUAAAUGUGCUUAGGUAAGACACCUAACAAUAAAUAGGAGUCUACCUCAAAUCCGUUUCAGGAGGCUCUUCACCUGUAAACGUCCCCUUUCUAUAAUUGCAAGGUUCUGUGAAAUAUGCAGGUGCUAUUUAAAUGCUGAUAAUAAUGCAGGGUUUUACUCAACACUGUUUGCUUAAUGAAACAGUAUCAUUGUAUUUAUUGCUUAAGUCUUCAUAGAAAUUCACACUAUAUUAUUGGGUAAUCAAUACAAUUAUCCUUGCAUGUAAAUCUAUGCCCACUGACAAUUUGUAUUUUCUCGUCCCUGUCUUUCAGCUGGUGGAGGUGAAAGGUCCCAAUGAUCGCCUGUCGCACAAACAGAUGGUGUGGUUACAUGAGCUAAACAAGUUGGGUGCUACAGUCGAAGUGUGUCACGUGGUUGCUAUUGGGGCCAAAAGUAAUAGACUUAACUAAUUGAAUCAAAUAAAAUGAAUGCACUUUUGUAUAUAAAAUAAUAUUAAUCAUCAGACCUGAUUUUGAUUUCAAUUUAUUUACAACAUGGCAGUUUGUUAAACCAACCUUAGAAAGAAAGGGGAAACAGGUUUUACAUUUUAUUUAAAGUUCAUAUAUCCACACAAAAAAAAAUCUAAGUUAUAAAACCUUGCUAGUAAACCUAGAGUAACAGUCCAUUGAGGCACAAUAGUUAAUGUUUCAACACAUCCUAGCCAAAUGCACCAUCAAAUCUGUAUCAAUCAGAACACUUGGGUAGCAGCAAUGCUUGCAUUAAUGUGAGAUGCUUAGGUCAUAUUAAGUUGUAGCAUAAUCAUCACUGUCACUAGAAGAAUUUAAAACCAUUAACAGGCCUAUGUGUCUGACCACUAUAGCACUUCUUAUUAUGGACACUUAUUUAUAUAGAAAAAAAAACCUCCUUUGUGAUGAAAUGUGAAUUGUUGAGAAGGAAAUUUGAAAGUUUAGGUCACAGUAGUAAAAUUAGAAGAAUACUACAACUCUUUUUAAUCUAACAUUUUCGAUUUCCAUCAACAUUCCACCAUUCCUGGUUAAUACCUCCUAUACAUGUACAUGGUUUAGGGAACGUUCUGUAUUCGCAACGUACAUCUUUGUUCAGAAAAUUCAAAGCUAGGCAGGGAGGUGGACUAUAAUGAAUACAAGCUUUAUAUGACACUAUUCUGUAACAAACUGUGCCAAGAGUCUAUAUUCUAUGGUUAGGGCAGCUAUCUGUUAGACAGUUGUAACAGAUAUCCAGCCUAGGCGGCUUCAUUUAACAGUGUUGCAAUGUAACCACGUCCUCUAAGGAAAACACUCGAUUAUUUUUAUUGCAUUUUAUAAAAAUUAUUUUAGUCUUUCUGGUACCACUAAACAUUGCAAGAUUAAACUUUACUAGUUAAUCAAAUUGUGUGUAACAAAAUUAAUUUAUAAACGAAGCUUACAUGUCUUAAUUAGCUGCAAGUGUAAAAGUGGAUUUCAUAGACACCCAUGUAAAAAUGGCAGGAAUACAGGGGUUCCAUCUUUGUAGCUUGCAGCAGAAAUGGAAACCUCCAGUUUGUAUUUGCAUUAUGCACACACUGCCGUUUAUUCCUCCAUUUCCAGGAAGGGUGAGAAUGCAAUCUAUAGAUUUACCCACAGCCUAUUUUAAAAUGAUUUCUGCAGAGCUUUACAAUGUUGAGAAUUACAUCACAACUGCUACCCUGUCAUGUACAUUUUAUACACUGCAGGGCAGAAAUUAGUUAAAGCCUGAAUUAUAUGAUUUUCUUCCUAGCAUAUGAUGGGUACAUUUCACACGGCAGUAUUCUUCACAUCUAUCUUUAAACAGCAAGAAGAAAGAAUGUUUAAGGAGAGCAUAGAAUCCAUUAACCCUGGCCCUCUGUAUAAAACAUCAAUUGCUCUGCUGAAAGUUAGGACCAAUGACUAAAUCCAGGAUAUGACACUAUUGGUAGCUGUAGGGCAGCAGUUGUAUGACCAUGACAUCCUAGAAAUCUAGCUCAUGCGGAAUAUGUUCUAAAAGGUUGUUGUUCUCCCUGUGCGUCACCAGUGCUCUAUAGAGCUGCUUUAGAAUGCAGUAAAGUAAAAAUAAACGUGAACAGUGCUUGGUUAGAUUGUCAUAAUUUUACAUAGAUUAUAUUACCAGAAGCAGGAAGACAUAAAAAAAGACUGCCUAGGCAUCCACAACGUAAAGGUUGCCGUGCAUUUUUAGUUUCUUUUAAAGAUCACUGUAGACCAGUGUUUUUGUUCUCUGUGCAUCUUGAAAGAGGCACUAUUAACCCUACAUAAGUACAGUUACCACAAUCAUUAUUUUGCUUUGAGAUAAUAUCAACAUAGCUAAAUGUACCAUAAUUCAAUCUAAUUUUGCAUCUUGAUUUUAUCGAACCUAACUUUUAAGACCUUUCUGACACUUACAAUUUACUACAAAACUAAAAUAAAUUGGCCCAAAUUUGACAGCACAAGUCUUUGGUUAUUAAAUAAACCCCACAGUCUACACAUGGCCUUCUUCUGUUGAUAAAUGUUUUGGUGGAAUGGAAAUACCUGGAGCGUAGCUUUACUAAUAAUAGAAUUAUGCUGGAUGUUUCCAAUUCUUGUCCGUACAGUGUUAGACUAAUGAAACAUUAUUACAGCAAUUUGAAACAUAGCCCAUAUUUGGCCUUGGGGGACCUAGCAUGUCGGAGUAGGAUACUGUGGUAGAAAAAGAUCUUGCAAAAAAUUACAAUGGAAUUAUGGAAAUUGAACUUUACAUUUGUAGUUUGUCUAGUUUCACAUACAAUCUUCAGAUCUUAGAUUUGUUAAAGGGGCUCUCCAGUGCCAGAAAAACAAAUCUGUUUACCUGGCACUGCAGGACCCUGCGGUGCCCCCCAUCCCAUGUUGCUGAAGGGGUUAAAACCCCUUCAGUGACUUACCUGAAUCCAGCACAUAUGUCCCUCAGCACUGGAUCAGGCUCUGCCCAUGCUCCUCCCCCGCCAUCUGCCCGCGCAUUAGACCUCCCCCUAGAAAAGCAUUAUUCAAUGCUUUCCUAUGGGGAUUUCGGCGACGCUGGAGGUCCUCAUGUUUUAAGAACACGGAAGUCCCUCUAGUGCCCGUCUUUUAGACAGCCACUAGAGGAGGACUUAACGCUGCAAGGUAAUUAUUGCGGUUUAUAAAAAAAAAAAAAAAAACUACAAUAAUUACACUUGCAGGAUUAAGGGUGAUUGGAGAGGUCUGGGUGCCAACCCCUAUGGGCAGAAGUGGUCUGGGUGUCCAUUUAAGUUAAUAUGCAUUUAUAUGACAGAUGUUUUUAAACAGAAUGAGCAGUAACUUCGAAGUAGCUGAGGCAGGUAAGAGUACCAAAAUUAUAGCUUACAUAUACCAACUAACUCUGCACUAUUUACAUACUUUAAUUUAAAAUGUGUUUUUAAAGGCACUUCUACAUCUAUAUUUCUCUAUAAUUUAUUAUAUCUACAGCAGGGGUUAACAGUGCACAUCAUGUUUAAAUUGUGUGGAUUGAAGGCAGUACCAAAUUUGCGAAGUCUUAUUCCAUAAAAGGAACUUGCCUGUUGGCUGAACUGGGAAAUAGAACUUUCGCCCUUGUAUAAAAUAAAACUGGUUAAUAAACUAAACACUAAAAUGAUGGAGAUAAAUGAAGCUUCAUAUAAAUUAGGCAAAAAUGGGAAAAAUAGUCAACUAUUCUGGCCUCAAAUGUGCAAUUGUCCAGUUCCACAAAUAACUCUGGCAAGAAUACUCAUUAAAGUGUUAAUUGUCAGGCAUUCAAAGUGACUUUCAAAUUUUAGGCUUUAAAAAAAAAAAAAAAAAAAAGCCAGUUUGAAAACAUGGAUUUAGACAAAUUUAGCCGUUUGGAAAAAAUGAAAUUCACUUUGAACUUUAGUGAAUAACCUUGCAUGUUUUUACUGUACAUCAUUCACUUCUAACAUCUCAAAAACUAAUAACUUAAUUAGUAACUUAUUGGAUUGGAUAAUUGACUCCUACUCAUUAGUAAAAAAAAAAAAAAAAAAAAGUAAUACAUCCAUACAUUUAACAGUAAGAACUCUAGAAAACAAACAAACAAAAUUCUACAAACACUUGCUUGGACCUACAAACAAACUAUUGUACAUCCCAGUUAGUGGUGGAACGUAUUGCUUGACCCAGGGAAUGCAAAUGUAACUUUGUUUAUCAAAGUAUUUAGGGAGUGAAGGAGCACCUCCACGUAGACUAACAAAACUAUAUUAUCUCUCAUAUCUGUUAAUUCAAAAGGUGAUAUCAAUUCACACAUUUUACACUAGACUACUUUGGAGUACGGCUUGUUCCUUUCCUAUAGCAGGAAGAGGUCUCUCCUCCACAAAAAAAUAAAAAGAAGGGGGUUUACCCGAUUAUAAGUAGCCAGAUUAAAGUACCAUUUUCUGUAUUGACCCUACAUCCCAGGAAUAAACUACAACUUUCCAGGGAGUUCUAUUGUUUUUGUACCAAAAAUAUCUGUUGAUACUUUAUAGGAGGAAAGCCCAGCAGCUUUUUCUAGGACAGGAAAACUUGGGCUUGCCAAGCUCCAGGCAGCACACCCCAUUUGUACUUUAAGAAAUAAAGAGUGGCUUCAUAGUACAAAAAAGAAAAAGAUGCUACGUGGAACUGCACUGGUAACACACCCACAUACCAAAAAAAUGUUAAUUUUUCCAACACAACAUAACAUGAUAUGUUGUGUAUGCAGCAGAAUCAAUUACAUUUUAGUUUGUGUGCAAAAAGAGGUGGGGACAUCAGUGUAUGGCUAGGAGAAAACAAAAAAAAAAAUAUUUGCAGCACUUGGCAUUACUAUUUAAAAUUACACUCGUGGAUAAGGCAAGAAUACCCAUGUCCACAUUUCAGUCCUCCGUUGCAAGCGUUUCAGUGGACAGCCAUAUUUUGGCUCCAUUUAAAAACUUGCUUAAGGGUGUUCCCAUUAUACUUCUGCGGCAUAAAUUCCCAACAGGAGUAAAAGGGAAUGAUGAGGAGAGAAAGUCCAUGCUUCCAAAACUACUUUGUAACCCGUCGGCUUUGAAAAACAUUCGGCUUUGUUCUUGCUCAGGGGAAGUGGCCUUGGAAAGAGGGUAACUUCUAUACUGGCGCAGUCUAGUUUGCAGUGUUUCAAUCUCAUCUGCAAGCAUGGAUAUUUUUUGAAAAGCCGUAAUAAAUCCUCCAUGGUUAAUUUGCGCUUCUGGAAUCCAACGCAAGUAACAGAGUUUCCAUAGCUUUAUGGUUGGUCCAAGCAGGUGGGGAAGAAUCACCCCAUGCAGGUCUGUUGGCUUAGAAAACCAAUCUUUAAAAUACUGUUCUAAUCCACUGAUCUGGCUCCCUGACAUCUGCUGCACAGAUUCAGGCCUCAGCUUGAGUAUUAGGGAAUUCCUGCGUGGAAUCAGCUCUUGUUGUAGAACAAUCCCAUUUUUCAAAGGCUGUGGCAUGCCACGUAACGUAGAACUGUAGUUUUUCU